AUGGGUUAUAAUAUAGCAAUGGUGUGCGAUUUUUUCUAUCCCCAGCUAGGUGGUGUUGAGUUUCACAUAUAUCAUUUGGCGCAGAAUUUGCUCCGAUUGGGUCAUUCGGUGGUAAUAAUCACGCAUGCUUACAAAGAUAGAGCUGGAAUCAGAUACUUGACUAAUGGUCUUAAAGUUUAUCACGUUCCAUUUUUUGUGCUCUACAGGGAGACCACUUUCCCAACUAUCUUUUCUACAUUUCCAGUGGUACGAAAUAUCUUAAUAAGGGAACAGAUACAAAUAGUGCAUUCCCAUGGGAGUGUGUCUACGUUUGCGCAUGAGACUAUAUUGCAUGCGAACUCCAUGGGCUUAAAAACACUAUUUACAGAUCACUCAUUGUAUGGGUUUGACUCUAUGGGAUCCAUAUUGGUUAACAAGCUGCUUACUUUCCAUUUGACAUGCAUUGACAGAGUAAUUUGUGUUUCUAACACCUGUAAAGAAAAUAUGGUCAUGAGAACAGAUAUAGAACCCGACAGAGUAUAUGUCAUUCCUAAUGCUGUGGUAAGUAAAGACUUUAGACCUCGAUCACCGCAAGAGGAACGGCUGAAGUCGAAUGAUCGAAUCACAAUUGUUGUAAUAUCUCGUUUAUUCCCAAACAAAGGUGCAGAUUUGCUAGUGCGAAUCAUACCAAUAAUUUGUCAGGAACACAGUGAUGUGGAUUUUAUUGUUGCUGGUGAUGGACCUAAAUUUAUAGAAGUUCAGCAAAUGAUUGAGAAAUACCGCCUUGAGUCCAGAGUAACGCUGCUGGGCUCUGUUCCUCAUGAAAAGGUUAGAGAUGUUAUGUGUAAAGGAGAUAUUUAUUUACAUGCAAGUUUGACAGAAGCUUUUGGGACUGUAUUGGUUGAAGCAGCCUCAUGCGGGCUUUUAAUAGUCACUACAAUGGUAGGUGGUAUUCCUGAAGUUUUACCCGAGCAUAUGACCGUAUUUGCAGAAAAUACCUCUGUAUCUAGUCUAAUUGAUGCUACUAUGAAGGGAAUCCAACUUAUAAAAAACAAGUCUGUUGAUACAAAGCAAAUUGCAAGAGACGUUUCUGUUAUGUACGAUUGGAUGGAUGUUGCUAAGAGAACUGUCUCUGUUUAUCAGGGCAUUUUCGAAGAUUCAUCUCCUACAGAUAAAGACUGGGUCAAGAUGGUCCAUAGGUAUUACAAGAGGGAUGGAUCUUGGGCGCAUUUAUUGUACGUUCUUUGUUGCAUUGUGAGUUAUUUAAUGGUAAACAUUCUAGACUUUUGCUAUCCAAGAGAAGAUAUUGAUCUGGCAAUUAAAUGGCCAAGACCACAACUAAACGAUGAUGACGGACAUGUAGAGAUUACAAAAAAAGGGUUAUAA